GUCUGGCUAUCUGAGUCAGCCGAGCAUAAAAGCUUCCCCGGGAUUCCAUAAUUCCAUUUCCCUUCGUCACUCACUCACUCAAUUCCCAUCUUAUCCACUUUCUUUCUUUAAUCGCUGCCGCUGCCGCUGCCGCCUCUUUCUUCCUGCUAACUUACCUUAAUCCCCGUGCGUAGUCAAAUGUCUGCCUGUGCCCUGAGCUUCUUCACCUGUCUUGUUUUCACUACAGUCCAUGCCACGCCCAUCCCCCUUACAGAUGUCGCAUCAUGGCGACCGUGAAUCAGAACAUGUUUGAAGCCAGUGUCACCACGGAUCGGCCCAAAGGUGCUCCGUUACUCGUUCUGCCGCUGAAUUUGAUCGCUCUCAUUAUUACCUCCCUCGAUGAUCCUGGUGAUCUCGCUCGUCUCUGUCGAACAUGCCGCGUGCUUAAUUACAUGACUCUGCCCCAGCUCUACAAGAACAUCACCUUGACCUCCUAUGACAAAAUCCGCUAUCGGGAUGACCAGCCAGAGGGUAUGGGGAGCGCCAGCCCAUUCUCCAUGGGGCUCAACGCCGUCAUCACGCGCCCGUACGCCAACCUGGUGCGAUCGUUGACGCUCCGGGGAAAUUGGCGCGAGUCGGAGCUGGAGGAGCAUGCGCGGGUGGGCCGAGUGCCGGACUCCUCGAUGAUGCUGAAUAUCGCGGUGCGGGCGGCGGUGGACAAGAUGCCGGACCUGGAGAGCUUCAGCUGGGAGCUCAACACCAAGAUGAUGGAGACGGUGUAUCUGGGGCUGGCACAAUUACCCAAACUCACUUCCUUGACUUUACGGUUUCCGUCGAGCCGCCAUCCGCGGCCGACCAUCAUCAUCCCGGCCAUCCCCCAACUCCGGUCCCUGAAGAUCACCGACAUCGAUCCACUCUGCUAUCCGGACGACAUCUCCACGCUGCUGUUCCGGUGCAGGAAGCUGCGGGAUCUGAAAUUGCACUGGUCGCCGCGCAUGCGUAUCGAGCAGGAGCCCAGCGUCAUGCUCCACGACUACUUCCGCAAGUGUAUCGCGGCGAAACGACCCUUGUCCAUCCGGAAGAUUGGGCUGCAGAAUCUGUACGCGCUGCAUACCGAGGAGUUUCAGCUUGCCUUCGCCCAGCAACCCAUGGAGGAGGUGACGAUUCUCAACGACAUAGGCUCGGAUGUCUCGAUGAACACGUUUGUGGACAGCACCUGGCCGACAGUCCCCCAGACUGAGAUCCAUAUCAAAUGUAUCCGACAAGAUGCGUUGUCGCGACGACAUGCCGACUUCAUAGGUCAUUUCACCGGUCUGGAGAAGAUGUAUUUCGUCAACGCCAGCUCCAAUCCGGGCCACGACAUCAAUUCCCCGCGACAGCCCGUCGCUGCCACGGCACUCACCCCACCACAGUCCGACACCAACGGCUCGGUGACGUACUCGUCUGCCGCAAACACCCCGGUCAACUCCCCUAGCCUGCAAGCAACUAUCCGUGACUGCUACCUGAAUAACAUCAUCUCGAACCAUGCCUCCACUCUCCGUCACCUUCUGCUCCCUGCGCGCUGGCCACUGUCGGCCAACACGAUAGCGCGCCUUGUGCACGCCAGUCCGCAACUCGAACAAUUAGGUUUCGCCGCAGACUUCUCGACCAUGGACACCUUGGGUCUACUAUUACCGUUCCUCCGCCAAUUGACCGCACUUCGCAUCCUUGUUCCCACCGGCCCAGCAUCGGAUCAAGCCCGUUCCACCCAGUCUUCGUCUAAGCUGCUGACCGGCCAGACCUCCAAACUCUUCUCCCGCACCGCCAACCCCCUCGCCUCAGCACGCACUCUGCAGGAACUCGUCGAAGCCGACGAUGAGAUUCUCAUCGAGAAAUUCAGCGCUGCCCUCGCCGAUCAACAGAUUUUCCACCGUCUGAAAGUCCUCGGCUUCGGCCGGAAAGCCUUCCUCUUAGGUAAACACUACACCAUUCCCACGGAACCGUCGAAUGGCCACGCCGUCGAGCCUCAAACCCCGAGUACCACCCGCGCCCCAAGCACUGAGGCCGGUAAGAGUCCUUCGCAGCAGCAGCAGCAGCAAUCCAAUCAUGCUACGGUACCGGAGAAAGACCUCCUCAACGGCAACCAUCAUCACAACACGUACAACGCCUCGAUCAUCCCCGCCUUCAACACCAACUACACCACCAGCAGCAACCGGCAAUCUCCACCCUCCGUCCUAGGUAAACGCAGCCGUCCGGAUGACGAAGAGACCCCACCCGCCCGCACCGUGGAGACAAUUCAGUCCCCAAUCGAAGACGAGGACGGCCUUUGUCUCCCCAAAGUCAUACGGGAUCCCCGCGGUCGCGAAUGGCGCCGCCAAGUCCGUCGGGUCGGGUGGGAAGUCCUGCAGCAUUGGGAGAUCUGGGCGUUGGACAAACAGGAGUUAUGAGGUCGUUACGGUUUUUUUUGAGUCAGUGUUUGGAUUUUACAAAAAAGGAACAUAUACCCUGGAGUUUUUUUUUUGUGUUUUGUUUAUUCCUUAUAUGGGUUUGAGAUGUAUAUUGUGGUGGUCGUUUGUGGAUAUGGAUAUGCAUGUGCGAUUGGACAGGAUAC